AUGGCGUCUUCCUUGACAGCGGAUGCUGAAGACGAGCUGAGGAGCUUCCUUGCUGCUGACCUGCCGACACCAACCUCGAGAAGGGCCGCCACAUCGGCCCUGUGCGCGCUUCUGGCCGAGCCUUUAGCCUACGACUACACCCGCCGGCUCUUAACCUCCGAGGCAGAUGCGGUGGCCCAAGAGCUGAACGAAAUUGCAGGUCAGCAAUCGCCGACGAGGUGGCCCCCGGAAGGAGCUGCAUUCUGCUCAGUUCGACAGGCGCGCGACCUCUACCAGCCGGCUUUGGCGAGAAGGGUGCAGUUCCUACUGCAAGCCUCGGCUGAUCCCAAUGGGAUGGUCUUGGGCGAAAGCCAAGCUGAUUGGGACUGCCCACCGCAGUCGCCCUUGAUGUGUUGCGCUAUCCAUGGCUGGCAGACAGUGGCUCAGUUGCUGCUGCAUGCCCAGGCAGCGCCAUCGCAGGCGGAUGUCUCUGGCGGCACGGCGCUGCACUAUGCAGCGACUCAUGGCGAGGAGGAGUUGUACAAUCUCCUGCUGAAAGCUGCGGCAGAUCCGAACCGAAAGGACACCUAUGGCAGAUGCGCUUGGGAGCUUCUGGAGACGGCAGGCGUGGCUUUAAACUUCCUCCAGACGCGCCGUCAGCCAGCUCAGCUGCAGGAAGCUGGCUUGCAGAUUGUCAGGAUGCGGGUCGACUCCCUGCUACCCGCGAGGUUCGUGAGUGACUUCGUGGCAUUGAAGAGACCUGUCCUGCUGAAGACGGAUCGGGCAGGCAGCCAAAGCCCAAUCGACAACUGCGGUGCCGACGGGAGGUCCAUUCCCUGGAGCUGCGAAGACUUGAGUAAUCGAGCAGGAGAUGCUCGUGCGAUGGUAAGUGCAAUUCCAUACGGCUCUGACUUCGGCUUGGACGCCUCUUUGGAGACUCCCUUGACACUCCGGCAAUUCCUCGCGGCUCCUUCUGUCCCGGCUGCGCCUGCGGUGAAGCGUCAGCGCCGAGAUGGGGCACAGGUUGUCAAUGCCGCUCCUCCGUACUUCUUCGUGGCGGUGGACCAGGAGCUUCAGCCGGAGCUUGCCGAGGCGUUGGAAACCUCUUUGGGCCUAUCGGCCGGUUCCCAGCUUCCUUGGCCUCUCGGCGCCGUCCAGACAGGGCAGAAGCUGCCCUUCAGGGCCACGACUCUUCAAUUCGCCGUUGGAGCUGAGGGGAGCGGCUCACCUAUGCACUUCCACCAAGACGCGCUGAACUUGUGCCUGCACGGCCGCAAGCGAUGGUGGCUGGUUCCCCCGAGCGAAGCAGCCUUCUCGAGGUGUCAUCCGUUGGAUGCCUUGGAAAUGGGAAUGUCGGCCAAAGACGUCAAAGACUGCUUCGAGGGUGCCUGUGUCUUCGAGCAAGAGGAGGGCGACAUUGUCUACGUCCCAGACAUGUGGGGCCAUGCGGUCAUGAACCUGGAGGACCAUACCGUCUGCGUGGCAGCAGAAUUCGCUUAA